CAAAGUUAUGUGAGAAUUUCUGUUUCUAUUUCUCGUAAACAGGUUCCUUUAAGGAUCCCUAUAUUUGAAGUAUUUUCAGUCUGAGAACGAAAGAACGGGAGAGGGGCAAACCGUAACAAGAUCUGAGCUCAUACCGAAACCAAUGGCGUUUUGAUCCAAACUCUGCUCUUCCGGCUUUUGCUUCUCCGAUGUAUCGUCACGGGGUGGGGUUUCCGAGCAGAAUGCGGGUUACGUCACUGGUCGGGGCUUUCCUCUCUGACGUGGGUGGAAAAGCAAAGCAAGCGACCUGUGGUAUAGACUGUGUGUGGCACUGGUUAAGGGAACUGGGCCGGUGGGCGAGAGUCUGUAUAGUCUGUAAAUCGCUGUGUACAAGACGGCUCUUUCAGUUGGACCAAGGUAGAGGAUCGGGUUAGGUGGGCCGCUGCCGAUACAAAAGAGAAAGGAAAAAAACACGCCCUGAAGCGUCAUUGCGCACAGCGGCGCCCGAAGAUUUAAUACCACUGGUUUCAGCUGGCUUCGACUCACCCGCCAGACGGAGCGAGAGUGAGACCGAGAGCGAGAGAGAAGGAGAGAGAGAGAGAGAGAGGAGCAACUUCACCAGAAAGCCUGCGAGUACACAAGAACAGGAGGAACUGGAAGUGAGCCCUCUGGGAUUUUUCUGAAUGAAACACUUGCCUUAGACACUUCCCGCUACGCCUCUUCUCUCUUUUUUUGUACCGGCUUUUUUCUAAGUACCCUUUUAUACGGCUGAACACAACAAUGGAAACGAUGGCAGCAUACAGGUAACAGAAUAUUGUUUUGUAUUUGCUGCACUGUUCAACUGGAUGUGACGACUACCACGGACACAAAAGGGAGAGAAACAUUUUCUCUUUCGUUUUUUAGAUAGGCUGACCACAUCCUCGUGUAGGUUCUUUUUUUUGUUCUCGAUCAGAAGUUAAUUGUUAUAACUGUUGAAAUACACUGCUUUGACAACCUGUUUUUUUGGGGGGUCACUCGGCAUUGACCUUUGAGUGACCGCAGGAAAUUUUAGUAAGGACAGUAGUAUUACAGUGUGUGUUAAGAGGCCAAGCCCAGAGGAGCUACCCAGUCGACCAUACAUACACACGGGAAGUACCGGUGUCUGUGUGCUAGCAGUGGACUCAGGCUCCGUGGGAACAUGGGCUCAGAGAAAGAUGCCGAAUCUCCGCACUCGUCUGUCAGUGGCCUCGCCAACCCCAAAUGCCGGACGCCGGGCAAGAAGCAGCGCCGCAUCUCCUUCCACAGCUUGUUCCAGAGCAAGCGAGGGGGCCGCGGUGGCCCUCGUGGGGGCAAAGGGGCGUCCGCCCUGCCCCUGACCACCCAGCAGCCCCAGCCCCAGCCCCAGCCCCAGCCCCCCGCCGCUCCUGCUCCCUCCCCUGCGCUGCCCUCGGACGCCCCGCUCCCCCCGCCCAGCGGCGAGACGUCGGAGCCGCUGUCCUCCAGCCGCGGGUCGCUGGCCGUCUCGCGGGAGGGCUCCGGCUCGGGCUCCGGGUCCGGCUCCGGGUCCGGCUCGGCGACGGGAACGGGAACGGGAACGGGGACGGCCGCCGGCUCGGCCUCGGGGGACGACGCCGCCCCCGGCGGUGCCGGCGAGCUGCUGGAGUGCCCGCUGUGCCUGACGCAGAAGCCCGCCGAGCAGCUGCCCGAGCUGCAGGGCUGCCGCCACCGCUCCUGCCUGGGCUGCCUGCGCCAGUACCUGCGCAUCGAGAUCAGCGAGAGCCGCGUGCAGCUGGCCUGCCCCGAGUGCGCCGAGCGCCUGGCCCCCUCGCAGGUGGCCGCCAUCCUGGACGACCAGCCGCUGGUGGACAAGUACGAGGAGUUCCUGCUGCGCCGCUGCCUCGCCUCCGACCCCGACUGCCGCUGGUGCCCCGCCCCGGACUGCGGCUUUGCACUGAUCGCCUCCGGCUGUGCCAGCUGCCCGCGGCUGGUGUGUGGGAGGGAGGGUUGCGGGGCGGAGUUCUGCUACCACUGCAAGCAGCCAUGGCACCCCAACCAGACGUGCGACUCAGCCCGCCAGCAGAGGGCGAUCUCCCUGAGGACGCACAGCAACCACUCGCCCAGCUACACCGCAGAGCAAGGCCCAGCGGACGACAUCAAGCCUUGCCCACGCUGCGGCGCGUACAUCAUCAAGAUGAAUGACGGGAGCUGUAAUCACAUGACCUGCGCCGUGUGUGGCUGCGAGUUCUGUUGGCUCUGCAUGAAGGAGAUCUCAGACCUGCACUACCUCAGUCCAUCUGGUUGCACCUUCUGGGGUAAGAAGCCAUGGAGUCGUAAGAAGAAGAUCCUGUGGCAGCUGGGCACUCUCAUUGGGGCACCAGUGGGCAUCACUCUGAUUGCCGGCAUUGCCGUGCCUGCCAUGGUUAUUGGCAUCCCAGUGUACGUGGGGCGCAAGAUCCACUCACACUAUGAAGGGAAGAAGACGUCACAUCACCGUAGAAACCUUGCCAUCACAGGGGGCGUGGCCCUCUCCGUCAUCACCGCUCCAGUCAUAGCUGCGGUCAGCGUGGGUAUUGGAGUGCCCAUCAUGUUGGCGUACGUGUACGGGGUUGUACCUAUCUCUCUUUGCCGUGGGGGUGGAUGCGGUGUGAGCCGUGGAAAAGGGAACGGUGUGCGGAUCGACUUUGAUGAAGACGAUGGGCCAAUUACUGUGGCGGAUGCUUGGCGUGCUCUGAAGUCGCCCAGUCUCGGUGAGAGCAGCCUGGAGGGAGGGGCCAGCGGCCUGAGCACCACCUCUCCCAGUGAGGCCGUUUCCGUGGCGCCAGGACCCCUCACUGAGACGCCACACUUCAACACGCUGGCAGGGGGCGCUCUAGGGGCGAGAGCCGGCAAAUACAGCAGACUGGAGGUGAAAGGCGGUGAGCUGGGAAAGGAGACGGUGAGGCGGGAGACCGGAAGCCUGGGAGCCGGAAGCGACUGUGCCAGCACCAGAGGCAUGGCAGGAUCCAUCACCUCCUCCUACACCAUACCAGACCGGGAGGGGACCAACCUGGAGAUCCAGGUGGACAUUGAGACCAAACCCAGCCACCUCUGUCUGACCAGCGAGGAGGACUUGGCUCCGCCCACCGCGGCCAUGAUGGCGGCGGCCGCCGCCGCCGCCGAGGAGCCUCAGGACUGCAGCUCGCGGAGGGGCGGUGUCCUGGCCGGCUCGUUGCUAGGGCUGUCGCCGGGCGUGUCUCUCAGGGAGGGGCUGCGGGACGUGACGCUGGCGCAGCCCGAGAGCAUCCGCAGCGACCUGGAGAUGUCGGACACGCAGUCGGACGACAUCGCCGAGCUCACCUCAGACGACUGCGACUCGCCAAGAGCUCCUCCCCCUCUCCAGCCCACCUGCCGAGUUCCGCCCCUUGGCGACGUCCUGCACUGUCCUGAUAAUGUCAUUCUGUACGUGUGACACACACACACACAGAGAGAGAGAGAGAGAGAGAGAGAGAGAG